UGCAGUCAGUCAUGGAUCGUCCUGGGACUCAGAUGUGGACACUUUGUGUCUUGAUGACCUGGAUGUGCGUCGCUCUGGCAGCUCCACAUUACAUGGUAGCCAUACCUGCAGUUGUCGAGGCUGGGGCUGAAUCUCGCUUCAGCGUGAGUCUCAUGAAGCCUAGCGGGAUUAUGGUCAUGACGAUCACUUUGAGGACCAAGCAAGCAACUCUGACACUCUUGCACAAGAUAUCCAGUCUGGAGUUUCACAACGUCUUUAAGUUCCAGGUUCCAUCAGGGCUGAAAGAUGAGGUGGCAGAUUUUGAGGUGGAGGUCCGAGGGGCAAAGUUUUACUCAAAAGAAGUCAGGAAAGUCAUGAUCAGAACCUACGAACCAAUGACAUUCGUCCAAACGGAUAAACCGAUCUACCUCCCAGGACAAACAGUGAAAUUCAGAGUGGUCACCAUCGACACCAAGUUCAGACCUGCAACCCAGCUGUACGACAUCAUCGACCUCGAGGACCCUAAUAGCAACAAGAUUGGACAGUGGUUGAAAGAAACAUCCAAUGGCGAAAUAUUGCAGCUGUCCUUCUCCUUGAACGCUGAGGCCCGUGAAGGAAUCUAUAACAUCAUUGUGUCAAUUGGGAAAAACAAAAUUUAUCGGAACUUCAAGGUUGAGAAAUACGUUUUGCCUAAAUUUGAAGUAAAUAUAAAGGCACCCGAUAAAGUCAGUAUUGGGCAGGAAGAAAUCGAAGUUAAAGUUUGUGCACAGUACACAUACAAACAGUCUGUGCCAGGCCUUAUUACAGCUGAGAUGUGCAGACCUCUUUAUCGGUAUAUCAGGGAAACAGAGGAUAUAAAGCCCCCUUGCUUCGUGGAGACAAUGGAGGCGGAUGAGUCAGGAUGUGCCACUUUUUUCUUUGAGAUGUCCACUUUCAAAAAAAUUGUAAAAGUGGUGCAGGCGUCGCUGCUGCUCAGUGCCAAAGUGGAGGAGGAGGAAACAGGAAUAACACAUCAACAAGAGAAGAGGAUUCAGAUUUCCUUUGUUAUCGGAAAGCUGAUAUUUAUUGACACACCAAAGGUUUACGCGAUGGGAUCAGACGUGGAAGGAAAAAUCAAAGCAGUUGAUUACGACGAUACACCCAUUCCUGACAUGCCGGUGUACCUCUUUGAGGGUGAAAUUAGGUCGGAACAACUCAAACAGACUCUCACAACUAACUUUGAUGGAGUCGCAGAUUUCACAUUCAGCACAGAUGGAUAUAACGGUGACAUCUACCUCAGUCCAAGUAACAAACCUGUGAGGAGACCACCUUACAAUGUUGAAGAGGGAUACUUUGAGCUAUUACAACACAAGAUUUCCAUGAUCCGGGACGUUUCUGUGGAUAGUAAAACAGUGAGCUCCCUGGAGGUGCAGAAGAAGGAGAAGCCAAUUCCCUGUGACACAGUGGAAAAAAUUUCCGUCAAAUUCACCAUAGUGGGAGAGAGACAAGGCACUGCAACUUUUAUUUACGUGGUCUUAGCCAGAGGAGCCAUCGUCAAGCAAGGAUAUGGCAAGAUUGAAGUGCAAGAUCAAACAGUGACUCAGGGCAAGAUGUCUAUUAACAUCAGAGUGUCCCCUGAGAUGUCCCCAGACGUCCAGCUUGUGGCUUACACUGUCCUCCCCAGUGAGAUGGUGAUCGCCCAUAGUGCUGACUUCUCCACUGAGAAAUGCUUCAGGCACAAGGUGUCGCUGGAGUUUUUUCCGUCCUCAGCUGUCCCAGGAGAGGGAAACACCCUGCAGGUGACGGCCCAGCCGAACUCUCUGUGUGGUGUGAGCAUUGUCGACCAGAGCGUCCUCAUCAAGGAGCCUGGGAAAAGUCUUGACAGCAACAGGAUAUUUGACUUGUUGCCCAUCACAAAGGCAUCCUAUAUUCCCUUUGAAGUUCUGGAUACUAUAGAGUGCUUGGUUGUGAGGCCUAAAAGACGCAUUUGGCCCCGUCCUGAUGUGACAGAUGACCCUUACACCGUUUUCACGAAUGUAGGGCUGAAGAUGGCGACAAACUUGGGUGUCCGAGUCCCUUCAUGUCUCCAAUACGGAGGAAGGAAAUACGUCCCUGAUCGAGGUGAUUUAUUUAUAUAUUGUUAAAACAGCACACCACUGCCCUCUUUUGACAGAGUCCGUGUUUUCAAGAGGCGUCGAUUGAGGUUACCACUUGCUGAGGCUUCUGGAGGAACGCUUCCACCACCAAUAGUGACAGUCCGUACUUUCUUCCCAGAGACUUGGAUAUGGGAUCUGAUAGAAAUUGGAGAGACUGGUACCAAGAAUGUGCCCCUCACUGUUCCUGACACCAUCACCACCUGGGAGACGGAGGCUUUCUGUUUGUCCUCUCAGGGUUUUGGUUUAGCUCCUCGUAAAGAGCUCACCGUCUUCCAGCCUUUCUUCCUGGAGCUCAGCCUGCCUUACUCCAUCAUCCGAGGCGAGAACUUUGAGCUGAAGGCGACCGUCUUCAACUACCUGUCCAGCUGCAUCAUGGUCACUGUGACCCCAGCCCCCUCAUCUGAUUUCACACUCUUUCCAAACCCUGAAGAUGAGUUCAGAACAUGUCUGUGUGGUAAUGAGCGCAAAAGCUUCAGAUGGACCCUGACCCCUUCAGUCAUAGGAGAUGUGAUUGUUUCUGCGACUGCUGAGGCUGUGGUGUCCGAUAUCACAUGCAACAAUGAGGUAGUGAGUGUGCCAGAGAGAGGUCGUUCUGACACGGUCUCAAGAACUCUUAAAGUAAAGGCUGAGGGAAUCGAGAAGAUAAAGUCGUCCAACUUGCUGCUGUGUCCAAACGAUGAGACUUUGACGGAGGAAGUAGAGAUACAGCUCCCCGAGGAUGAGAUUGAUGGAUCUGGACGUUCUCUUGUAUCAGUCCUGGGUGACAUCAUGGGCAGAGCCCUGAAGAACCUGGACGGUCUGCUGCGGAUGCCAUAUGGUUGCGCUGAGCAGAACAUGGCGGUUCUGGCCCCCAACAUCUACAUCCUCCAAUACCUGGAAGACACAAAACAGUUGACCCCAGACAUCGAGGCAAAGGGUACCAACUUUCUGACCAGCGGUUACCAGAGACAGCUAAACUACAAAAAUAACGACGGCGCUUUCAGCACAUUUGGAUCAGGAGGAUCAGGAAACACCUGGCUGACCGCCUUCACGAUGAGAUCUUUUGUCAAGGCUCAGAAUUUCAUCUUUAUCGAUCCGAAAGUUAUCAACGAUGCUAUGAUCUGGCUAACAAACAGUCAAAAGGGCAGUGGCAAUUUUAAAUUGAUGGGAAAAUUCUUCAACAACCACAUAAAGGGCGGUGUGUCUGAUGAAGUGAUAAUCACUGCUUACAUCACGGCUGCCUUCUUGGAGAUGAACCCGACUGUGACUGAAACUGUCACUAAGAGCCUCUCGUGCCUGAAAAAGACGAUCGAUAACGUCGCAAACACCUACGCUACAGCUCUGCAGGCGUAUGUCUUCACUCUGGCGGGAGACAUGGAAACCAGUAACAAACUUUUGAGUCACCUUGACAGUGUAGCGAUAAAAGAAGGAGGUUUCACCCACUGGGCUCAGACAGCGACAAACAGAUAUUUGUCUGUAUCUGUGGAGAUGACCUCCUACGUGCUGCUCGCCCUACUGUCGCCAUACUCGCUUCCUGCUGCCCCUCCUUCCCCCGAAGCACUGGGCUACGCCAGCGGCAUCGUCAGAUGGCUGACCAGGCAGCAAAAGUAUUAUGGAGGCUUCUCCUCCACGCAGGACACAGUGGUGGCCCUUCAGGCUCUCGCUCUCUACUCCACCCUGGUGUUCAAUCCUGAAGGUUCGAGCACAGUGAUUGUCAAGUUUUCUGAUGAGGAGAUUGAUUUUGAAGUGGACCAGGACAACAAGCUGGUCUACCAGGAGCAGCUGGUGAUGGACCAGACAGGAAAGUACACAGUGGAGGUGGAGGGCAAUGCAUGUGUCUCAGUGCAGAUUUCUUAUCACUACAACGUCCCGCCUACUCCCAUAGCAACAACACUUGACGUGGAGGUCAGUACGAAGGCUGAGUGCAGCAGCUCAUCUACCAGACCUACGAUGACUCUGACUUUGAAGAUUGUAUAUACGGGAAAACGAGAAACUACAAACAUGGUGAUCGUGGAUAUCAAAAUGCUCUCUGGAUUUGUCCCAGACGAAAAGUCUUUGAAGGAGCUUAAAGGUGAAGCACAAGUGGAGCGUAUUGAACACGAGGAUGACCAAGUUGUGGUGUACAUAAAAGAGUUAUCAAAGGACAUCCCCAUCCAAUAUGACCUGGAGCUCAUACAGGAGCUUCCAGUGUCGGACCUGAAGCCAGCUGUGGUCAAAAUCUAUGACUACUACCAGCAAAGUGAUCAAGAUGAGGCCAAUUACAACUACCCUUGUGUUGCAGGUGCUCAAGAUGAGGCCAAUUACAAGUACCCUUUUGUUGAAGGUGCUCAAGAUGAGGCCAAUUACAAGUACCCUUGUGUUGAAGGAAAGGUUUGAAGUCUGGUCGACCCUCAGCUCCUCACUGAUUUCAGUUUGAUCCAAAAAAAAAAGAAAUGCAUUUUUUCAAAGUAACUAAACAGUCAACAUCUGUGUAACCAGUGUACGUGUGAAACAUGGAACUCGUGCCACAUUCAAUAAAACGCAUUCAACUUC